AUGGAGCCGGGCUGGGAGAGGAACAGCACGCCCCGCAGCAGCCCUGGGGACGUCCCGACCCAGGUGGGGGAUCUCAACUGGACCCUCUUCCAAACCCGGGAUGAGGAGCUGGCCCGGGCUGAGAUUGGGGUGCUGGCCACUAUCCUGGCGGUGGCCGCCGUGGGCAACCUGGGGGUGCUGCUGACCAUGUACCGGCUGCGGAAGAAGAUGAGCCGGAUGCACCUCUUCAUCCUGCACCUGGGGCUGACGGACCUGGGGGUGGCGCUGUUCCAGGUGCUGCCCCAGAUGAUCUGGGAGGUGACCUACCGUUUCCUGGGGCCGGACCUGCUCUGCCGGGCCGUCAAGUACCUGCAGGUGCUGAGCAUGUUCGCCUCCACCUACAUGCUCAUCAUGAUGACCCUGGACCGCUACAUCGCUGUGUGCCACCCGCUGCGCACCCUGCAGCAGCCGGGCAGGCAGGCCUACCUGAUGAUCGGGGCCACCUGGAUGCUCAGUGCCCUGCUCAGCCUGCCCCAGAUCUUCAUAUUUUCACUGCGGGAGGUGCGCCAGGGUUCUGGGGUGCUGGACUGCUGGGCUGACUUCAGGUACCCCUGGGGAGCCCGGGCCUACGUCACCUGGACCACGCUGUGCGUCUUCGUCCUGCCCGUGGGGGUCCUCACUGUCUGCUACGGCCUCAUCUGCCACAAGAUCUGCAAGAACCUCCGGGGCAAGAUGCAGAGCGGGGCGGAGACAGGAGCCAGGUGCCCCUGCGGGCAGCCCUCCCGGGUGAGCAGCGUGCGCACCAUCUCCAGGGCCAAGAUCCGCACGGUCAAGAUGACCUUUGUCAUCGUUCUGGCCUACGUGGCCUGCUGGGCGCCCUUCUUCAGCGUGCAGAUGUGGUCGGUGUGGGACGAGAACGCCCCUGAUGAUGAGUCCACCAACGUGGCAUUCACCAUCACGAUGCUGUUGGCCAGCCUCAGCAGCUGCUGCAACCCCUGGAUUUACAUGUUCUUCAGCGGGCACCUCCUGCAUGACACCCUGCGGCAUUUCUCCUGCUGCCGGGGCGUCCGCCCGGGCCUCAAGAAGCAAAUCUCCAACGGAAGCCUCUGCAGCCGGAAAACUACCGGCCUGACGCAGAGCCAUCCUGCAGCCGUGGCAGAGAUCCAGCUGCAGCAGGGGUGCUUGAAAGAUUUCUACCAGUCCUACGAGGACACGGUGACGGAGUCGGAGUCCACCAACGUGGCAUUCACCAUCACGAUGCUGUUGGCCAGCCUCAGCAGCUGCUGCAACCCCUGGAUUUACAUGUUCUUCAGCGGGCACCUCCUGCAUGACACCCUGCGGCAUUUCUCCUGCUGCCGGGGCGUCCGCCCGGGCCUCAAGAAGCAAAUCUCCAACGGAAGCCUCUGCAGCCGGAAAACUACCGGCCUGACGCAGAGCCAUCCUGCAGCCGUGGCAGAGAUCCAGCUGCAGCAGGGGUGCUUGAAAGAUUUCUACCAGUCCUACGAGGACACGGUGACGGAGUCGGGUGUGCUCUAG